UAAAUCUCCAGCUUUGGAAACAGACUUGGCACGCUUCCUCGCAUCUUUCCCUCCUUGACGGUAUCCUGGUUACUACAGCAGCUUUCUAACUGUCAAAGGGAAAAAGUCUUCACAGGACAAAAGAAACACUUGAACCUUCCGCGUCUCUCAGUCCUCAGCAUUCCUGACCGGAGCAGAAGGAUCCUUGCCUCAUAAAAACAACACCAGAGGAUCAGCAGAUCAUCUUAAAGAUGCUGAAUCUCAACUCACAGGAUGACAACAGCAACAGGAACUCUCUGCAGGACCCGGUGUCGCUUAACGUCGGUGGAGAAAUUUACACUACAACUCUUGGCACUCUGACUCGCUGUCGAGACUCGAUGCUCGGCGCGAUGUUCACCGGACAGAUCCCUGUGCUGAGAGACAGCAGAGGGAAUGUUUUCAUCGACCGUGAUGGGAAAGUGUUCAGGUACGUCCUGAAUUACCUGCGCUCCAGCUCCCUAGACCUGCCGGAUGGGUUCUCGGAGCUGGCGCUGUUGAGGAGAGAGGCUGACUUCUUCCAGAUCCGCCCCCUGUUGGAGGAGAUUCACCAGCACGAGGCUAAAGUUCCUCUCAGCCUCAGAGGAGGGCCACUGGGAGCCAUGAUCAUGGUGAAGGUUGACUCCAAGGUCCGAGUUCUCCACUUUAACUUAAGACAUGGACCAGAAAACUAUGAGCUCCGCACAUGCUCAGUACGAGCCUUCACAGUCGACCUCUUUUGUACCUGGACAGCCUUUCUGACUCUGCUGUGUGAGCACUUCUCCUACAGGACAUCUCAGGGUCUCACGAGCCCCCGUCCGUGCAGCCCGAGGCAGAACAGGCUCAAACUGGAGUGGGUGCCGAGACCAGACGACCUCCCACAGGACCAGUAUGACAAGCAGCGUUACCGGGGACUUGUUGUGUCUAACAUGGCUGAAAUUAACCAAUCAGAUGACAUCAUGAACAGGCAGUGGAGCCCGUGUGAGAUCGCAGACAUGCAGGGCUUUGUGGAGGAGCUGCUGAAGGUGUCUCUGGCUGAGGGAUUCAAGAUCGACCUGGUGACUCCUGAUCCAGCUGAAGUUCUUUACUGCACCUCACUGCGGCUGGUCAAGUGUUAAAUAUCUGGACUGAAACGACAAAAACAAGAGGAAGUGACAAACUGAUGGACUCUGGACGGUUCUCUGUAGAUGCAGGGUUGCUGAAUUUACACUUUCAUACAAUUCUAGUAAAAAUGUUAAUGCUGUUUUUUUCACAGUAACAAAAUAGUCAUUCUAAGCACCCAAUAUGGGUAAUUUCAAGUUUUUUAUUAACAAAAAUUACAAGCAAACUUCUGCUGUUCCAUUUUGAGGUGUAACUCUAAGUAUAAUUGACAUUUGCAUGGGUUCAGUAGCUACUGUAUGCUGUAGCACAGACAAUUGUAGACUUUUAUUACAUAAAACUAGGGAUGUCAGUUCUUGGCGAUGAGAUUAAGGUUUGAAACUAACAGAUUAAAUUUUAAAAUUGCAUUAAAUCUUGUGCUACUUUUUCCUUAUGGGACUCCGUAGCUUGGAGGCAGCACUAUACUACUCACCGCAGCAUCAUCCUGCUCUUACAGUGAUGUAAAAUAAGUCCACCACAGCCCCUUGAUGUCUCAUUUCUCUUUAAAAAAAACCCUCACAGCUCAGUGGAGAGAUCAGAAGUCAUUUUCCCACAUGAUAUUUCAUAUUUCACUUUGAAAUGAGCCUCUAGCUAUUUUAAAUGUACUUUUCCAUCUGUAGUUAAACUAUUGUCAUACAUUUAGAUCUCCCAUAAGUUCCUUAUUUUCUUUAAAUAAAGGUAGGUUUCUAUCUGCACAGCAGAUAAAGCAUCCUUAGCCUUAGACUGGCAGUUUGUCUCAAAUUGCAUAAUACCUCUGUUACCAUACUUUUAUGUACUACACUUAAAUCCAGUAUAGAGCACUUAAUUGCAGUGGCUAUAAAAUGUUUUCACCCCCUUUGAUGUUUUAUCCAUCUACUGGUUUUAUAAAUCAAUCAUG